CCAAGUUUGCCCAUGACUGGGGUAGAUGCACUCCAGUCAAAUGCAGGAAUGAGAGACAUGCAUGGUAAUUUUUGGUGUCUCUCCUGUCUCUUGAUUUCAGAGAGAGACAGGACCCUUCCAGGGAUAGAUCUGAAGAGUUAAAGCCAUAGAGCUCUGCACCUUAGAGAGAGCCAACUGCUUUGAAAAAGAGGGGGCUGCAAAGCCAGCGAGGUCCCUUCCUGCUCCAGUUCCUAGCCAAGCCUGUGCAGACUGCAGCUAUUGUUGCAAGAUGCCUUUAUUGUGGAUCUGAAGCCGGGUCAAUGUCUCCCCUAUGAAUACCUGCCAUCAUCUAUAUAAGCAUUGUUUUUAUCUGAACUCCCAUGUCUGUGUCUGAUGGAAUUCACUGGCAGCCCUAGAUUGUAAAAGUCAAAAAUAUUUAUUUAUUUAUUUAUUUUUCAAACUUAUAUGCCGCCACUCCCCUAGGGCUCGGAGCGGCUUACAAGAACCGGCUAAAAUCAACAAUUUAAAAAACAUCUUAAAAACAUCUUUAAAAAACAUCUUAAAAAUGAUAUAGUAUUUGUCAGAAGAGUGUUGCUGUAAAGAAAUAGCGAAAGGGAGAGGGGAAGGUGGAAAAUCAAACAUUACACCUAGACCCCAUAAUUGAGUUAUCUUGGCCUGGAGGAGAUGGCCACCAAGGAAAGGAUUCUGGGAGACCCCAUUCCCUUUGGGUUGCAGUCAGGAAGACAAAUGAUGGGGAAAGCCCUUCUAAGCCCCAAAACUGAGGACGACUUAGAUGGAAGGUGUGGAUUUUCUCUCAGCAUCCAAAACGGAAACAUGAGCAAAAUGGCAUCUUCGCAGAUGAAAGACGAAGAGGACGGUUUAGAUCAGCAGUGGGAAACCCCAUGGCAGGAUUUCCCAAAGGACGGACAACCCUUCCGUGCAAGGUGGGAGGACUCUCCAAACUCCAAAACCUCUUCCUGGCACCACGGUGAGUCUUUGCCAAACAACUUUCAACAGAUGCCUAAUGCUAGUCACCACUCUGGGGCACAGGACACAAUCCAACCAUUGUCCAGCGUUGACAGGGAUUUUCAAGAUACGGAUGUUGAGCUACUCACCAAAGAAGAGGUGACCUGUGAGAAAGCAGAGCAAACAGCAUUUCUGGAUUCAGAUACAGUCAGCGUGGAGACGUGUCGGCAGCGAUUCCGGAACUUUUGCUACCUGGAAGCCGAGGGACCCCGGGAGGUGUGCAGCCACCUCUGGUUCCUCUGCUCUCAGUGGCUGAAGCCGGAGAGACACAACAAGGAGCAGAUCCUGGAGCUGCUGAUCCUGGAGCAGUUCUUGGCCGUCUUGCCGCCAGAGAUCCAGGGCUCGGUGAAGGAACGUGCGCCAGAAACUUGCGCCCAAGCCGUGUCCCUGGCGGAGGAGUUCCUGAUGCGGCAGGAAGAGCCACUGAGAGCGGACCCUGAAGACCCCGAGGUUCUCGGAGCAGGAGAGGGCGAUUUGGAGUCCUUGUUGCCCUUGCAACACAUGGAGAAAGUGGUAUCUGGCCUAUUGGCAGAAGUGGGACUUUAUUCCUCUACUACAAUAGGACCCAUCCUCAGUGCCCACAAAGAGAGCAAGCAGAAGGGGGAAAGAGAUGCCCAUUUGUUCAAUCACAAACAAUCAAGGGAAAGUGCAAAACCUUCAGAAGUGAAAGGCUCUAUGAAAGAGGAGCAUCCGGAAGACUGUGGGGCAGACUUUGAAGCUGAUACAGGUGCUGCUGAAGAGGGAAAACCUCCCGCAACUAGUCUGAAACCCCACAAAUGCUCCGAGUGUGGGAAACGCUUCCACCAAAUUUCCCACCUGAACAGACACCUGAGAAUCCACACCGGAGAGAAGCCGUACAAGUGUUUGGACUGCGGGAAAAGCUUCACGCAGGGUUCCUGCCUGCUGGGGCACCAAAGGAUCCACACGGGCGAGAAAGCAUAUUCUUGCUCCUACUGCGACAAAAGCUUUAUCUGGAGCUCCGGCUUGCACCAGCAUGAGAAAAUCCACCUGGGAGAGAAGCCCUAUAGGUGCUUGGAGUGCGGGAAGAGCUUCCACCGGAGUUCAGCGCUCACCGAUCAUGUGAGGUCCCACACUGGAGAGAAACCGUACACCUGCUCGGACUGCGGGAAAGGCUUCAGCCAGCACUCGAACCUCAUUGUGCACCGGAGGGUCCACACCGGAGAGAAACCGUACACAUGUUCCAUCUGUGGCAAAAGCUUCACCCGGACGGCACUGCUCAUGGCACACUUGAGAAUCCACACAGGGGAGAAGCCCUACAAGUGCUUGGUCUGCGAGAGGAGCUUCCGGGAGAGGCCGGCUCUCACCAAACAUAAGAAAAUCCACAUGAGAGAGAAUGUGUAACAAAAGUGGACAUUGGUUCUCUUUGUUAUGCACACAGUUGGCUUCUACUCCAACAGAUCUGUUGGCAGUGAUUUGAUUGUCUAGUUUUGCAUGGAAAAGGGUUGGACAGCAUGACCCUUGGGGUCUCUUCUAAUUAUGAUCCUACCAAGGCACCACAAUUCAAGCAGGAUAUGGAAAAGGUGGAACAUGUCUAGAGAAGGGCAACCAAAAUGGUCCAAGGUCUAGAAGCCAAGCCCUAUGAGGAAUGACUGAGGAGCUAGAAAAAAGUUGAGAGAAGACAUGAGAGCCCAAGGUGACGAUAAAACUGUGCUCAAAGAACUAAAGAGAACACUUCUUUGGAUAUACUAAAGUCUUCCAGUACAACUGUAUAAUCAACUUUUAUGAUCACCUUGACUUACUAUGUUGGCUGGGGAUUUUGAUUGUUGGAGUCCACAAGAAAAAACAAGAUCUGGGGUUCAUAGUCCUAGAAGCUGAGCAUAGGGACUUGAAAACAUUAUUUAUUGAAUUUUUGAAAGAUUUCAGAACAAUCUUGAGUUUUUUUCUUCCCAGGUUUUGUAACCUAACACCCACCCUCCCCAAACACACUUUUCUUGUUCUAAAUUGUGAGUGAGGAUGACAGUUAUUUGGUUUUGGAUAAUAACACAUAAAUAAAUAUAUUUAUGGUGAAA